CCUAUAAAAUCCCCAGUCACCAGGAGAGCUACCUUCACAGCCUUUUGAAGUCUGUUAGCUUCCAUCAUUAAAAAAGCCAACAAAACAAGCCAUGAAGCUUCUGUUCCAGUGCUUUGUUGUUUUCGCAAGCCUAAUAUAUUGCUUUUCUGUUGAACCUUGUCUCAAGUGGUGUAAUAAAUCAUCAUUGGAACAAAAGAAAUGUUUGGCUCUGAAGGCUGCGGUCCCUGGGAUCUGUGCUUGUGUUCAAAAACCUGACACAAAAGAAUGCCUGCAAGCAAUCAAAGAUGGGAAUGCAGAUGCAAUAACUUUGGAUGGUGGAGAUAUCUAUGAGGCUGGUCUUAUUAAUUAUAAUCUUCAUCCAAUUAUUGCUGAGGACUACGGAGAAAAUGAUGCAAACUGUUAUUAUGCAGUGGCUGUGGUUAAGAAAGGAACUGGAUUCAGUUUCAAAGAGCUUAAAGGAAAGAAAUCAUGCCACACAGGUCUGGGGAAAUCAGCUGGCUGGAAUGUACCCAUUGGGGCUCUUAUUUCAAAUGGGUUACUUGCUUGGAAUGGAACAAGUGAAGAAACUAUAGAAAGUGCUGUAUCCAGAUUCUUCUCUGCAUCCUGUGUACCCGGUGCGGAGAAAGAACUUUACCCAAAACUUUGUCAGCUGUGCAAGAAAAACUGUGUUCGAUCCCAUGAUGAACCUUAUUAUGAUUAUGAGGGUGCUUUUCAAUGUCUAAAAGAUGGCAAAGGAGAUGUUGCAUUUGUCAAACAUCUCACGGUUCAAGGAGCUGACAAGGAUGAAUAUGAAUUGCUGUGUGAAGAUGGAACCAGGAAACCUAUUAAUGAAUAUAAGUCCUGUUUCUUUGCCAGAAUCCCUGCACAUGCUGUUGUGACAAGGAAAGAUGCAGACUUAGCUGAUAAAAUUUGGACAUACCUUGAAGAAGCCAGACAGAAAUUCCCAAAUCUUUUUAAAUCUAGCUACUAUGGAGGGAAAAACCUGAUGUUUAAAGAUUCUACAGUAAAGCUGGUCAAAGCUCCUGAAAAUAUGAACUCUUUCUUUUAUCUUGGAGCUAAAUAUACAAGCGUUAUAAGAUCACUCACAAAAACAUCUGAUCAAAAAGAGAGCAGAUCAACCCAUGGCACAAUCAAAUGGUGUUAUAUUAGCCACUAUGAAAAAAACAAAUGUGAUGCAUGGAGUAUCGCCAGUGCUGAUGACCAAGGCAAUGCUAAAAUUGACUGUGUAAAAGGAGAGUCUGUGGAGGAUUGCGUUGGAAUGAUAAUGAGAAAAGAAGCGGAUGCUGUUACUAUGGAUGGAGGCUACAUCUUUUCUGCAGGAGCAUGUGGUCUUGUUCCUGUAAUGUCAGAAGUUUAUGAAGGUGAUUGCUCACAGCCUGGAAAAAAAGGUUCUUACUAUGCUGUUGCAGUUGUUAGAAAGGACAGUGGUCUAACCUGGGAGACUCUGAAAGGCAAAAAAUCAUGCCAUACUGCUUUCGGUAGAACUGCUGGAUGGAAUAUUCCUAUGGGAAUCAUUGCCAAGGAUGUUGGUGACUGUUCAUUUAUGAAUUACUUCACUAAGAGUUGUGCUCCUGGUGCAGACAAAAACUCAAACCUUUGCUCUCUUUGUCGUGGAAGUGGACUUGAUCCAGAGAAUAAAUGUUCUGCAAGUGGGUCUGAAAUAUAUUAUGGAUACUCUGGAGCUUUUAGAUGUUUGGCUGAAGGAGCAGGAGAUGUUGCAUUUGUAAAGCAAACAACCAUACCUGAAAAUACUGAUGGCAGAAAUCCUGCUGACUGGGCUAAAAAUCUGAAGUCUUCCGAUUUUAUGCUUUUAUGCUACAAUGGUCAGCAAAAAACUGCUGCUCCCAAUGACUAUGCCAAUUGCAAUCUUGCCCAAACGGCAGCUCAUGCUGUCAUGACACGCCCUGAAAGCAGGAAUGAUGUUGUUCGGUUCCUUAAAGAGCAACAGGAGAAAUUUGGAAAAAAUGGAAGUGAAAAAGAAUCAUUCCAGAUGUUUAAAUCUGAAACUAAGGACCUUCUGUUCAAAGAUUCUACCAUAUGCCUCUCAGAAAUACCUCCAGAUCAAAACUAUAAAAACUUCCUGUCAGAGGAAUAUUACAAUGCCAUACUUGGACUGAAGAAAUGUUCACACACAGCAGAUAUUUGGAAGGCAUGCACAUUCCAUACUUGUCAGCAAUCCUGAAAAGAAAACCCAAAAGGCCCAUCUACAAAAUCUUGCAGUCUGGAGUGUAUUAUCAUCCACUCAUAUGUAAAAUGAAGUAAUUUUUAUACCUCUCAAAUACAUGAAAUAAAACAUUUACCCAAAGAAAGA